GCAUGUCGCCGCCGACCCUGGCCCCCUCCCCUGCCACCCAGAGCCGCAAUGGCAGAGCUGCCGGCGUCAGAGAUGCCAGGGGACCCCGCGCUGUGCAGCGGGCGCUUCACCAUCAGCACGCUGCUGGGGGGCGAGGAGCCCCCACCGCCAACUGCCUACGACAGCAGUCACCUGAGCCACGGCAGCACCUUCUACAUGCGCACCUUCGGCUACAACACUGUCGACGUCGUGCCGGCCUAUGAGCACUAUGCCAACAGCGCCCUGCCCGGGGAGCCCCGAAAGGUCCGGCCCACGCUGGCCGAUCUGCAUUCCUUCCUCAAGGAAGGCAGCCACCUGCAUGCCCUGGCCUUUGACAGCCGGCCCAGCCAUGAAAUGACCGACGGGCUGGUGGAAGAUGAGCCAGGCACCAACAGUGAGAAGAACCCCGGGGAGCCUGUGCGCUUCGGCUGGGUCAAGGGGGUGAUGAUCCGUUGCAUGCUCAAUAUCUGGGGCGUGAUCCUCUACCUACGGCUCCCCUGGAUUACAGGCCAGGCAGGCAUUGUCCUGACCUGGACCAUCAUCCUGCUCUCUGUCACUGUGACCUCCAUCACCGGCCUCUCCAUCUCGGCCAUCUCCACCAACGGCAAGGUCAAGUCAGGUGGCACCUACUUCCUCAUCUCCCGGAGUCUUGGCCCAGAGCUAGGGGGCUCCAUUGGCCUCAUUUUUGCUUUUGCCAACGCCGUGGGUGUGGCCAUGCAUACCGUGGGCUUCGCAGAGACCGUGCGGGACCUGCUCCAGGAGAAUGGCACACCCAUCGUGGACCCCAUCAAUGACAUCCGCAUCAUUGGCGUGGUCACCGUCACCGUGCUGCUGGCCGUCUCCCUGGCUGGCAUGGAGUGGGAGGCCAAGGCCCAGGUGCUCUUCUUCCUUGUCAUCAUGGUUUCCUUUGCCAACUACUUGGUGGGGACGCUGAUUCCCCCAUCUGAGGACAAGGCCUCCAAAGGCUUCUUCAGCUACCGGGCGGACAUUUUUGUCCAGAACUUGGUGCCCGACUGGCGGGGCGUGGAUGGCAGCUUCUUCGGGAUGUUCUCCAUCUUCUUCCCCUCAGCCACAGGCAUCCUGGCAGGGGCCAACAUCUCCGGGGACCUCAAGGACCCCACUGUAGCCAUCCCCAAGGGGACGCUCAUGGCCAUUUUCUGGACCACUGUCUCCUACCUGGCCAUCUCGGCCACCAUUGGCUCCUGCGUGGUUCGCGACGCCUCCGGGGCCCUGAAUGACACAGUGACUCCCGGCUCGGGCACCUGCGAGGGGCUGGCCUGUGGCUACGGCUGGAACUUCACCGAGUGUGCCCACCAGCGCAGCUGCCGCUAUGGCCUCAUCAACUACUACCAGACCAUGAGCAUGGUGUCCGGCUUUGCGCCCCUGAUCACGGCUGGCAUUUUUGGGGCCACCCUCUCCUCUGCCCUGGCCUGCCUCGUCUCUGCUGCCAAAGUCUUCCAGUGCCUGUGUGAGGACCAGCUGUACCCGCUGAUCGGCUUCUUCGGGAAGGGUUACGGCAAGAACGAGGAGCCGGUGCGUGGCUACCUGCUGGCCUACGCCAUCGCCGUGGCCUUCAUCAUCAUCGCUGAGCUCAACACCAUUGCCCCCAUCAUCUCCAAUUUCUUCCUGUGCUCCUACGCCCUCAUCAACUUCAGCUGUUUCCACGCCUCCAUCACCAACUCGCCUGGGUGGAGACCCUCGUUCCAAUACUACAGCAAGUGGGCGGCGCUGUUUGGGGCGGUCAUCUCUGUGGUCAUCAUGUUCCUCCUCACCUGGUGGGCAGCCCUCAUCGCCAUCGGCGUCGUCGUCUUCCUCCUGCUCUAUGUGAUCUACAAAAAGCCAGAGGUGAACUGGGGCUCCUCGGUACAGGCCGGCUCCUACAACCUGGCCCUGAGCUACUCAGUGGGCCUCAACGAGGUAGAGGACCACAUCAAGAACUACCGCCCCCAAUGCCUAGUGCUUACGGGUCCCCCCAACUUCCGCCCAGCCCUGGUUGACUUUGUGGGCACCUUCACCCGGAACCUCAGCCUGAUGGUCUGUGGCCACGUGCUCAUUGGACCCCGCAAACAGAGGAUGCCUGAGCUCCGGCUCAGCGCCAGUGGGCACACCAAGUGGCUGAACAAGAGGAAGAUCAAGGCCUUCUACUCGGACGUCAUUGCCGAGGACCUCCGCAGUGGUGUUCAGAUUCUCAUGCAGGCCACAGGUCUCGGGAGAAUGAAGCCCAACAUUCUGGUAGUUGGGUUCAAGAAGAACUGGCAGUCUGCUCCCCCAGCCACAGUGGAAGGCUACGUUGGCAUCCUGCACAUCCCCCCAGCUCCAGUGUUCCAAGACCUCAAAAUGCUGGGGCCUGUGAAGUGCCUCUCCCAGAGAUGUACAACUAAAGGAGCCUACGGGGCAAUGCUGAGCCCAUCAGAUCAAGCCCUACUGGUGGUCUCUGGGACCCUCUGUCAACUGGGCAGAGAAUAUACUUCUGGGCUGGGAGUCUUCUCGACGUUCCCUCAGACAAGCUGUUGCUGCCCUCUUGGGCAAGGCCAUUCCGGUGUGUGCCAACCCUCAGGGUUCUGUCUCAGCUCUUCGAUUCUAAAGCCAGCUGGCCAUUUCCUUAGCAUGGAUCAUGGUGAUGCUUUUGAUUUCAACUAUGGUGUGUGUGUCAUGAGGAUGCGUGAGGGGCUCAACGUCUCAGAGGUGAUGCAGGCACACAUUAACCCGGUGUUUGACCCGGUGUUUGACCCGGCGGAGGAUGGCAAAGAAGCCAGCACCAGCGGGGCCAGGCCGUCUGUCUCAGGCACACUGGACCCUGAGGCCCUAGUGCGGGAGGAGCAGGCCAGCACCAUCUUCCAGUCUGAGCAGGGCAAGAAGAGCAUUGACAUCUACUGGCUCUUUGAUGACGGAGGCCUCACCCUCCUCAUCCCCUAUCUUCUUGGCCGCAAGAAGAGAUGGAGCAAAUGCAGGAUCCGCGUGUUUGUGGGGGGCCAGAUCAACAGGAUGGACCAGGAGAGAAAGGCGAUCAUUUCCCUGUUGAGCAAGUUCCGACUGGGAUUCCACGAAGUUCACGUCCUUCCUGACAUCAACCAGAAGCCGCGGGCUGAGCACACCAAGCGGUUUGAGGACAUGAUUGCACCCUUCCGCCUGAAUGAUGGCUUCAAGGACGAAACCACUGUCACAGAGAUGAGGCGGGACUGCCCCUGGAAGAUCUCAGACGAGGAGAUUAACAAGAACAGAGUCAAGUCCCUCCGGCAGGUGAGGCUGAAUGAGAUUCUGCAGGAUUCCUCCCGGGACGCCGCUCUGGUGGUCAUUACCUUGCCUAUAGGGAGAAAGGGGAAGUGCCCGAGCUCGCUGUACAUGGCCUGGUUGGAGACACUGUCCCAGGACCUCCGACCUCCGGUCAUCCUGAUCCGAGGGAACCAGGAGAACGUGCUCACCUUUUACUGCCAGUAACUCCAGGCUGGGCCACGCCUGCCCACAGCUGAGGGCACCCAGGACAUCCACCUGUCUGUGGGACCGACUCUCAUGUCCUGUUGUACUUUAAGCAUCUGAUGAUCCGACUGAAGAAGCUGGUAGAUUUCCAAACUUUGGCUGAGCCCCACUCCCCUGGGACAGUCCUCUGGGCUUUGCUUUUAUGGGCCAGAGAAGUAGCCGAUGAAGUUGUGUGGAAACUUCUCUGGUGGAUCCAUUUUCCUUUUAAGUUUUCUUUUGAUCUCGAUUACAGUGAAUUAAGAUUUCA